AUGCUUCUCGUAGCGCUGUUUAUCGCUGCUGUUGUGGUGAUUAUCGUGCACCAUUGUGCAACCACUCUCUUUCCACAUAUUCAGAAGAUGUGCGAUGCAAGACACAACCGAGUUACAUGUACCGAAGUGGAUUAUAUUGUCAUCGGUGCGGGACCCGGUGGUAUCGCCGCUGCUCAACAUCUCCUGCAGCAUGAUCCGCAAGGCCGCGUGUUAAUUGUUGAGCGCGGUGAGGAUCCUUCACCAGGUGGUGUUUUUGCAUCUCUUCAUAACUUUUUCCAACCUUACGAUCUUUUAUGUCACACUUUAGACCUUGUGGGGUCGAGGUUCGGCGAGUUGUUUUACAUUCGGCAUCCCCUGCGGAGGUGUUCUUCCGCAUCUUGCAGUAUUUGCGAUGAUGCCUCCAUCUCAGUUUCUCCGAGGCUCUCUAACUUUGUCGAGCAUCGUCGCGGAUGUGGACUCGGAGGGACUUCUAUCAUCGACUGGGCCAUGUACUUUCCGUCUAUCCCUGUGGAGCCCGCUGCACGGAACCAUGCGGGUUUUGAAGACCUUCAGGCGGUGCCGCAUCGACUCGCGCGGGGGAGAAAUCCGCUUUCAUGGGCCUUCGCUGAAGCGGCUGCGGUUGUAACGGAUCGUAGGGGGUCACCCGCAGGGGCGGAAUCAUCUGUGGACAGAAAAUGCGGGGAUCAACCUUCUCUGUUGCGUAUUGAUGGGAAUGGACGCCGCAUCUUUCUUUUUAAUCACAUGCUGAAGAAUGAAGGUGGUCGCUUAACCGUUUUAUCGGGCACGGAAGUCGUUGGCAUGACAACUAGUGAUGAUGGCGAAGCCAUUGUGUGCGUUAAGUGCAAACCAAAAGAUCAAGAACCCUUUACUGUGAGUCUUCGGCGCGGUGUUAUUCUGUCAGGCGGGACUUUUGGGACGCCAAAUCUCCUUAAAGGAGUUCUUUCAAAGCCACCUGGACCCUAUCUCUCUCGAGAUUCUAUUGCUGUACCGUUAAUUUUCCAAGCACUUCCCGGCCUCUCGGACGACAGGGUGAACAUACAUUCCUUUGUUGCUCAUACGGGUUUAUGGUUUGGAGGCCGUGGUCCUUUACUGAACCCCUUCUGCGACACGCUUGCAACCAUUGAUGUGCCUUCGUUAGGCCCACGAGCAAAGUUAGUAAUAUUUUUGCUUCCCUUUGGUGGUCGCGACUCGCUUGCAUAUGGCCGAUUGGGGUUUAAUUACGUUUUCGGCGCAUUCAGGGAAGGUUUCACAAUGCUCAUAACCCUCAGUGGUGUUGAAGACAUUCGGUUUGAUGUGAGUGAUACUCAGAAGGAAGGUGCGACGGAAGGAAGCAAUGCUCACUUUUCUGUCAUUGACGAGAAAAUGAGGCACAAAGUGUCAAAUGCAUUCAUAGAUGGCAUGGAAUUUUGCCGUCAAGUUGUUGCGGAGGCCCCACUUAGGUAUCUUACGACAGGUUGUGAGGCGGCCGAUGUCAUGCUGUUCCGUGACGCGGUACAAAUGAAAGAAUACGUAAGGGUUUUGUGCCCAUCUCGGCGUAAACUCACUGAAGGGCAGCGUGCCCAUGCGCGCGGCGUCCUCUUAUGGGUUAAGGAGAUGGUGUCGCGUCAAGAUUACAUGGAAGAAUAUGUUCGACGCCACGCGAUGUGGUUGGGGUUUGCAAGUGGUGGUUGUGAGCAGGUGCUCCCGGCUGACGGGGGUCUGCGCGUCGCAUGCAUGCGGAAUCUUUUUAUCGGCGAUUGCACAGCGGUAACAGACGCGAUGUGGAGAGCUGGCGGUUGCGAUACCCUCCGUGCGGGUUCAGUCGCAACGGCUGUGGCUGUAGGAAAGGCGGCGGCUGCCGAGCUUCUAUCGAUUUAG